AUGGACGACGUGCCUGCCUUCACAGCCACUCCGCUGGACAAGAUCCCGGCCAUUCAUCAACGAGUCGUCGACAAGUUCCUCAGCCAUGAGACGCGCCCACUCGAAUACCGAUUGAAGCAGUUGCGAUCACUGUAUUGGGGUCUGAAGGAUGCGGAGCCAACCAUCCUGGAGGCAACCAAGCUUGACUUGGGCAAGAGCGCGUACGAGGCAUUCCUCUGCGAAGUUGGAUGGGUACUCAAUGACAUCCUCUUCGUAUGCAAGAACCUCGCAAAAUGGAUGAAAGAAGAAAAGGCGCAGGACAUGGACCUCAUCAACAAGUUCGUGUCGCCGCGAAUUCGCAAGGACCCAUUGGGUGCUGUGCUGGUCAUUGGAGCCUACAAUUUUCCGAUUCAGCUCUCGCUGGGCCCGCUCAUUGGUGCCAUUGCAGCAGGAUGCACCGCAGUCCUCAAACCUUCCGAAAGUGCGCCGCAUUGCGCCAGAAUCAUGGAGCACAUCAUCUCUCAAACCCUCGACCCUGACGCUUACCAAGUAGUUCAAGGAGCUGUGCCUGAGACCACCGCUCUGCUGGACUGCAAGUGGGACAAGAUCUUUUACACCGGUGGCGCGACAGUCGGCACAAUCAUCGCGAAGAAAGCCGCAGAGACCUUGACUCCAGUGACGUUGGAGCUUGGUGGUCGCAAUCCUGCCAUCAUCACCAAGAAUGCAGACCCAAGGCUGGCGGCGCGACGACUGCUCUGGGCCAAACUACUCAACGUUGGCCAGGUCUGUGUCAGCCAGAAUUAUGUUCUUGUGGACAAGGAUGUACUGCCAGAGUUCAUCCGCCAGCUCGAGAUUGCCCUAAAGGAGUUCCAGCCAAAGGGCGCUGAGCUCGCCGAGGAUUAUGGCAAGAUCAUCAAUGAACGAGCAUGGCAACGUCUCAAAGACAUGUUGGACAGCUCAAGUGGUGAGAUUUUGAUUGGUGGCAAGUCCGACAAAUCCAAGCUCUUCUUCGAAACCACUGUCGUGAAGGUCAACAGCGCCGAUGAUUCUCUGCUCAAGGACGAAUCUUUCGGACCUCUGAUCCCAAUCCUGCCAGUCGAGGAUCUUGACGAAGCCAUCCGCAUCGCUAACAAGGUCCACUCAACGCCACUUGGUAUCUACCCCUUCGGAAACAAAGCCGAUGCAGAGAAAGUCCUUGGCCAGACACGCUCAGGUGGUGCUUCUGUCAACGAUGGCUUCUUCCACGCUUCCAUCCCAACUCUGGCGUUCGGUGGUAUAGGCGACAGUGGCACGGGCUCUUACCGUGGCAAGGCUAGCUUCGACUGCUUCACACACCGACGCCCCGUCACCACCACCCCAGCAUGGAUGGAAAGUUUACUCUCUAUCCGCUACCCACCAUUCACGGACGCGAAGCUAAAACAAUACAAGACCAUGAGUGAGAACAAGCCUGAUUUUGAUCGUAAUGGUAAUCCAACUGGAGCUGGAUUGCUGUGGUGGAUUCUUGGUAAGUCGCAGUACCCGGCCUUGCAGGCGAAGCUAUGA